UCUCCAGGGAGUUUGAUGGAGUUCAGUGGGUUUGUGUUACAUGUUGAGCACACAAAGGGUUCUAAAAGGAAGAGACCAUGCUGGAAUUGCCUUUUCUUUUGCAGCCUGUAAAAUGCAAAGCCAACAACGAAACAAUUCCUCUUCCUUUCCCGCAGAUCACAGUCUGUCUCCAAGAGCCCAGGUCCGCAGCAGUGCUCUUCCCUGUGCUGCUCCCACAGGAACGGGGCUGGGCAGAAAAGCGCUUGGCUUUGCCCUGGGCACUGUCAGCGCUCACAAAAUCACCACACCACGGCGCCGUCGACUCGCAGAAGGACAGGCACCGAGCCCAGCGCCACACCACCCCCGGGGCAGAGCCAAGUUGGAAACGUCCCUGCUCUCCAAUCAGCUGUGCCAGGACAAAAAGAUUUCCCCAAUCCGCCCCUUCCAAGAGCACACCCUUCUUCACACCACACUCAAAGAGCAGCACAAACUGCUUUGCCCUAACCAAGCUUUUUGCUCUCACAGAGUCUGGCCACAACCUCGAAAACAUCUGGCAAAAACAGAGCUCGCUGAGAAAGCUGCUAGCUGAGAAGGCUCUUGCUGCCUACAACUUCAAGUGCGCCCAUCGAUUUACCAGGUCACACCCUGCUAUCAGCACUUUCCUUCUCAGCUCCAGGUACCAUUCUAUGCCUUCAGUCUCCCAGAGUCAGGAUCCAAACAGAAUGGCACCAGGGACUGCUCACAUACUAAAGGUACCAGGACAAAAAGCUCAGCAGAAGCAUCUGGGUCUCAUGGCGCACUUCUCAUCCAGCAGGGGCCAGAGCCCAGGCCUUAGCUGGGAGGGUUUCCCCUAACAUAUCCUACAAGCAAGCCUAUUCGUGUCAGUUGUGCAAAUUUCUUAGAAUGAUACAUUUCUUGCAGAUAACUACACAAGGUUAUGUGAAAGUUUCUAAAGCAGCCAGUACGGUGUGAAACAGCUGGUAGAAGUGUCUUAGUCAUCUAUUUUUAGCUAAAUAAUACUGAUGGUGUCGGUCACAUAAUGCCCAGGUUUCAUCUGUUAAGUCAACUCUGCCUGAGGCCUGAGCAUCAGCACAUCUCAGUCACUUGGUUUGUUCAGCCUGGAAAAUGGGAGAUGGAAGGGGAGACCUCACUGAGGCCUUCAAUAUCCUCUUGAGGGGCAUUGCGGGGGCAGGUACUGAUCUCUUCACUCUCAUCACCAGUAACAAGGUCCGAGGGACUGGCUGGAGCUGUCAGGAUUAGGUCAGGUAUCAGGAGAAGGUUCUUACCCCAAAGGCUGGUCAGGCACUGAACAGGCUCCCCAGGGCAGUGGGCGCAGUACCAAGCCUGCCUGUAUUCAAGAAGUGUUUGGACAACGCUCAGGCACAGGGGGGAUUCCUGGGGUGUCCUCUACAAGGCCAGGAGUUGGACUUCACGAUCCUGAUGGGUCCUUCAACUCAGGAUAUUCUGUGAUUCUAUGUGCACUGAGUGAUUAUCUCAAGCUGGUUUGCACUGGCACUCAGAGCUUGUCUAUAAUUGCUUCCAAUUUAUGUCUGCAGUCAACCCCAUGGCACUGACAGACUGAUCAAACACAAAGGGUUUGAGGAAAAUGCUCCUUUUGAGGUGACAGUGUCCAAGGCCAGGUUGGAUGGGGCCCUGAGCAAUCUGAUUUAGUGAGUGGCAUCCCUUCCUACGGGAGCAAUUGGAACCAUGUGAUCUUGAGGGACCCUUCCAACCCAAGCCUUUCUAGAAUUCCGUGAUUAUUUUGUGGGUCACUCAGAACAGAUGAGAUCCACCAAAUACUGAAAAAGUUGGCCUGCAUUCUAAAACCAGAUUACUUAAAAUAUCUAUGAGAUUUAACUAAGAUGGAGAAGCUCCAGGAAAGAAACCAACCAUCUCUUCAAAAUACCUGUGUUUAUUACACCAAAACUCAAAGUCCAAGCAGUUCACAUAAUUCUUUUCCUUCUAGGUUGCCCCAAAUGUGACAACAGCAAGACAAAAAUGUUUGUAUGUAUCCAAACAAAACCACAAAAUCAAAGUCCAAGAAAGGUACGUUUAUACAAAACUCACAUGGUCUUUAAACGCAACAGAA